AUGUUACAGUCAGUAUUGAAGAGUAUUGGUCUCGCACCGGUUGGAGAUUACAUUCAACCACGUUUAUCCAUUGGAAAUGCUGUAGCGAGUAAUGAGUUCUCUACAGGUCACUUCACCAUACAAAUUGACAGUGAAAAGAUGUGCUUAAUGAUAAAAAACGGUCAUGGACGCAUCAUUUGGAAAUCGUUGCAUAAUAUUCCUUUCCUUUCCUCUUCAGUUGGUAAAGAUACCAUCAGUCCCGGCGACAACGGCGUGUUUAGAGUAACUGAGCACGAUGAAAAGCCUACAUGUAUUCAAACAAUUACAAAAAUCGAAAAAGCAGACGAGUCGACUGUCAAGAUUUAUGGUGGGCUUGGACCAAAGCUUGUUGUACCCACUCACAUGGACUAUGUGAUGACGUUCAGAGAAGUGUCACACCGCCAGUUAGAGUUUUCAAUUGAAGUUACGCAACGCGAUCCUGUUAUGCAAGAUUAUGCUCGAUUAUUUUUGACAUACGAAACGAGAGCAGAGGAACACUUUUAUGGUUUUGGUGAACAGUUUUCCAAUACCUCACUCAAAGGACAUAAAGUGCCCAUUUUAGUCAGAGAGCAAGGAGCUGGAAGAGGCGCUCAUUCAAGUGCAUUGUUGAAGGAAUCUGCUAUGAGUAUGCUUGGAGGAUAUGGCACAGCAGAUUUGUACGCGACUUAUGCCUCUGUUCCACAGUAUAUUUCUAGCGACGUUCGUUCGCUGUUCCUCGAAAAUACUGAAUACAUGAGCUUCGAUAUGACCCAACCGGAACGCGUCACCAUUCGUUUGGAAUCAGACAAAAUGAAGGGUCGGAUAUUGGACGGUAGAACCAUGUUGGAUCUUUUGACUGAAUACACUUCCUUUGCAGGCAGAAUGAAGACCUUACCUGACUGGGUCUCUCAAGGCGUUAUCGCUGGUAUCCAUGGUGGCAAAGAUAGAGCCCGUGAUUUGGUUCAAAAUCUUCGUCUUCACGAUGUUCCAACCAGUGCACUUUUCCUUCAAGAUUGGACUGGCGAGCGCUUGACAGAUGCAGGUCGUGGAGUCCGCUUCACCCGUCAUUGGUAUAACUGGGAGAGUGAUGAAGACUUUUACCCUGAAUUGGACAACUUUAUACAAGAAUUAGCUGACAAUGAUAAGGGAAAGAUCCGUGUUAUUUCUUACGUUAAUCCCAUGUUGGUGGACACAGCCAGGAAGCCUCGUUAUCGUAGAAAUCUGUUCUUAGAAGCCCAGCAAAGCGGGUAUUUGGUGAAGGGGCGACAGACAGGAGAUAAAGCUCUUACCAUCAGAUUAGGAAAUGACAUGUUGGCAGGUUUGAUCGAUUUGACUAAUCCAGAAGCACGCGAAUGGUUCAAAGGUAUUUUGAAGGAGCAAGUUUUCAGUCACGGCAUUUCCGGUUUAAUGGCAGAUUUAGGAGAACAUUUACCUUGCGAUACAGACAGGGUCACUUUACAUUCUGGAGAAUCAGUAGCAACUUAUCAUAACCGUUAUCCUGAAGAAUGGGCUAAAUUGAUUCAGGAGGUUGUAAGUGAGCUCGGCAAAGAAAGUGAAGCAGUUUGCUUCUUCCGUUCUGGAUACACGCAUUCUCCUAGUUAUAUGAAUUUAUUCUGUACCGGUGACCAGAACGUUACUUGGGAUCAAUAUCAUGGUAUCAAAAGUGCAGUAAUUGGUAUGCUCUCAGGUGGUUUCUCCGGCUUUUCUGUCACACACUGUGAUGCAGGUGGAUACAAUACUGCUUCUAGUAAUAUCCCUGGUAUCAAAAUGGUACGUAAUAAAGAGUUACUCUUUAGAUGGAUGGAAUUAGCUUCUUGUACAGCCGCCUUUAGAACUUCUGAAGGCAUCAUCCCUUCAGUAAACGCACAAUUUUAUGACGAUGAUGAUUCGUUUGCACAACUUUCGCAUUGCGCCAAGCUGUUUAUCGCUUUCUCAGACUAUCGAAGAGUCGCUUUACGUGAGGCUUAUGAGAGAGGUUGGCCGCUUUUGCGUCAUCCUGUUCUCUAUUAUCCAAAUGACAAAACAGUACGUGAAUUGAGUUAUCAACAAUUUUUCAUGGGCAGCUCCGUUAUGAUAGCUCCAGUACUUGCUCCAGCAACUGCCUACGUCAAGGUCUAUUUCCCGAAGGAUGCUCAAAAAAUCAGUUGGCGACAUAUCUGGACAGGCAAGUAUUAUCCUGGUGAUGGCUCUUAUCAAACAAUUGAUGCACCUAUUGGGCAACCUGCUAUAUUUAUUAAAGAGCCAAGAGAUGAUGAUAGCUUGCUGAACAGAUUGAUGGAUUAUGCAACAACUUAUUAUCAGCAGAAAGCGCAUCCCCCUGCUGCCCAAUAG